UUAAUUAAUACACGGAUGGAUGGUCAGGUGGAUGGAUACCUCUCUUCCUGACCUGAAGGGCUGUAAUACAAUACAAUACACUUCAUAUUCCAUCUGCCCAUUUAUUACAUAUUUUUGAUUGAAUCGAGUCUAGCUAGCUAGGGCUUGGAAUUAAAUAGAUUGGCAAUUGAAUCUGAAUUUUAUUUGUGAUAUUAAUUAAUCAAUCAAUUGUGUGUCUAUAUAUGGGGCUGUGGAAUUUUGAGAGUCCGGCGGAAGGAGUGGUACCGAUGCUGGUGAUGAAGACGGUGAGGUCGGUGGCGCUCGUCAAGAACAAGCUCCAGUCGGUGCUGCUGGCCGGCGGCGGAUUAGGAGAUAAGGAGGAGGAGUACAACAUUAGCAGCGAUGAUGGGGAGCGGCGAGUGUGGGUGACGCGCUACCAGGAGGGGGCGGCGGCGGAGUGGUGCUGCGUAUGCCUCUCUAGGUUUAAGGGCGAUGAGGAAGUGAGUGAGCUGUGGUGCAAACACUUGUUCCAUAAGGCCUGUUUGGAUAAGUGGUUUCAUAAUCUCCACCGUACAUUUACAUUUACAUUUACCUGUCCCCUUUGCCGCCGUCCCAUUACCUGAUCGUGAAUAUAUAUAUAUAUAUAUAUAUGUGUAUUGUAUGCACUCGCUCGUCAUCCAAAGGCACGCACUGUGUGUGUGUGUGUGUGAUGUGAUGUAUGCCUUUAGUUCAUUAUAAUAAAUAGACAGUGCAUAAUUUAGGUUC